AUGAAGAUGAAGAGAUGGCACUUGGUCUGCCUAAGUCUUGGGCUCACGGCAGCGUGUUUCAUAGCUUACUACCCAUCGCGACGACUUGUUAGUCAGACAGCCUCCCACUGCUCGCAUCUCGGCCCGCUUUCCGUCUCCGAGUUCGACACCCGGCUGGCCACCCUCGCACAGACGCUCACUACCCCCAACGCCUCUGCAUACAUCGCAGAACCCGGUGCGAGCGGGCUCUACUACGCGAACGUCUCGAAUUCACACUGGCACCUCUCCGAGCGACCCCUGCUGCUUAUCGUGGAUGCGUCUGCUCGGCUGAGGGUGCUCACGCCCAAGUUUGAAGGCACGCGUGCGAGGCUUCUGCCGAUCCCGUUUGAGGUGGAAUGGGUAGAGUGGGCAGAGGACGAGAAUCCAUAUGAGCAGAUACCUGAGAUUGAGGGGACAGUGUUCGUGGAUGGGAGUAUCCGCCAUUUCAUCGUGGAUGGUCUGCAGAGCGCGUUCCCGAAGGCUACGGUGAGCGCAGCGCCGGUCGAGAUCAGGCAGCUGCGAGAACGCAAGUCGGAGGGAGAGCUGGCUUUGCUGAGGUGUGCUAACGAGGCUACGCUGAUGAGCAUCCGACGGGUUCACAAACAGUUGCACGUCGGCAUUCGCGAGUCGGAUGCCCGCACCCUCGCCGCACGCACCCUCGCCGAUGCCGGGCUCAAAGAUGGGGGUUGUCUAACUCUAUUUGGAGAAAACGCCGCGCUCCCCCACGGAAGCGGCACCGACCGCCGUCUCCGCCCCGACGACUUUGCCUUGUUCGACUGCACCGCCUCCCUGCACGGCUACUGGAGCGACGUCACGCGCACCGUCGCCCUCCCCCGAGGCGUGUCGACCAUCCCUUCCACCCACCUCCAAAUAUGGAACGCGGUCCGCACGGCCCAGCGUAUUGCGUUUGAAACCGCGCGUGCUGGGGUGCUCGCCAAGCGCGUCGAUGAAGCCCCGAGGCUCUUCUUCAGCCUUGCGGGGUAUGCCAAAUACUUUACGCACCGGCUUGGACAUGGGAUCGGCUUGGAGGUGCAUGAGGAUCCAUACCUGAAUGGCGCAAGCGAGGUCGUGAUCCAGACGGGGCAUACGUUCUCGGAUGAGCCGGGGGUGUAUAUCGAGGGACAGGUCGGCGUGCGUCUCGAGGAUUGCUUUUAUAUUGCUCACGAUGGGAGUGCAGUGUACCUCACGGCGGGAGUGGGAGGUACUGCUUCCUCGCCUUGGAAUCCAUAA